AUGCGUUUGGAUCAGUUACCAGUUGAGAUUUUGGCCAACAUUUGCUCUUAUGCCGAUGUCGAAUCCAUCCGUUCUCAUUUAGGAGGUAAUCAUGGCCAUCCUAACCUUUGCGCUCUGGCCCUCACUUGUCGUCGUAUAUCAAGGGUGGCCAAUGACUCGUUAUAUUCCUACAUCAGAGUUGAUCUUACCGCACCAGUAACUAUGGAUAUGCAGAGGGUGCCGCUCCUAAAUAGAAGCUUUCGCGAAGAUCCAACUCUAGUCGAUAGCGUUCACCAUCUCCAUUUUGACGCGACCCAAAAUCAGCCUGCGAAUUAUAUGAGCAUCCUCGGCGAAUUAAUUUGCCACGUAUCAACAUCGCGGAGUUUAACGAAGCUAUCAUGCCAUUGUAUUGAUCACGCAUGGAUGAAACCGUGUACCACAGAAGACAGUUUACUCGCCAUUUACGGUCGUUUCCCUAACCUAAGGCGCCUGACAAUUGAAACUAUACGUAUGGAUCUGGGGUGGGGUCUUGGUAAUGGUGGUGGUGGCAAUAGUGGCGGCAACCAAGACGAUGACGAUGAUGAUCUCUUAAACGACCCCGAAUUAGACGACCCUAACGACGAUGAUGGGCACAUAAUCGUUUGUAUAUUGUUUAGGCUAUGCGAACUACCAUCCAUGGAAAGGAUAGAUAUCAACGCAUCAGUAAUUAGAUACAUAGAGCCCCGUCGACCGUCUCGGAUACCAAAAUUCCCCAACUUAAAAUGCAUGAAUUUUUAUCCCGGCCGUCCUGUCGAUGUGGAUACAUUGGAGUUGCUACUCCUACGAACUCCGAACUUGGUUGCCCUACAUCUCAGUAUGCCUGGCUACAACGAGUGGGCAUUUGCUCAGGGAGUGGGCCUGUUUCAAAAACUUUGUGGCUCCUUGAAACCGUCAUUCUAUGCUCAUAUAUUAGCUCCAGUAGCUAAUCAUCUACGGCGCCUAUCUCUUGGAGGCGAUUGCGUCAGGUUUGACGAACAUGAUAAAACUACGAUCAACUUAUCGAACUUCACGAACUUGUCCCACCUAUUUAUUGGCGGUUACUUCCUCUUUGGGCCUGCAAGUCGAGUAUCAAGCAACCCAGACGUAAUGGAUACCUAG